UUUAUGUUCUAUUCUUUGAGAGGAAAAAAAGUUUCAGUAUCAAUUCAGAAAGAAAAGAAAGAACAAUAAUAAUGUCUCUUAAUGAAAUAAAAGAUUCAAAUAUUGAAAGUGAAACAUUAAAAUUAAUUUCCCUAUUAUUAGGAUUAUGGCCAACAUCAUUUCUUGAUUCAAUGUUAAAAAAAAUAAUUAAACUAAUUAUAAAUUUAAUUGCAUGUUCACUUAUGAUAUUUGUUAUUGUAUCAAAUAUUCUCUAUGGUAUUUAUCAAAUUAAUAAUACAAUGGAUCAAAAAGUUGAACUUAUUGGUGCAACUAAUUUUUAUAUUAUGAGUCUUACAAAAUAUUUAUUAUUAUUAUUUCGUGGUAAAAGUAUUAGAAAAUGUUUAGAAUAUAUUGAUGAUGAUUGGCGAUUGGCAAAAUUUUCAUCUAAAAAUCGUGAAAUAAUGUUAAAUUAUGCACAAUUUGGAAGAUAUAUGACAAUUAUUUGUGCAAUAUUUAUGUAUUUUGGUGGAAUUGGUUAUCAAGUGUUAAAACCAAUAUCGUCUGGUAAAAUAAUAACUGAAAUGAAUAUAACAAUAACGCCAUUUCCAUCGCCAGUUUAUGGAAAAAAAUUAACAAGUGGAUUUAGUCCUAUUUAUGAAAUACUUUAUGGAACAUUAAUUGUCGCUGAUUUUUAUUUAUAUUCAGCGACUGUUGUUGCAUUUAGUAUUGCCGCUGUAUUAACAAUACAUGCUUGUGGACAAUUUGAAAUUGUUAUUUAUUAUUUAAAUGAUCUUGUUAAUCAAACAAAUAAUAAUAAUAAUGAUCAAGAGAAAUUAAUUGUUAUUGUAAAUUCUCAUUUGAGAAUUUUAAGCUUUGUUUCUCAGUUGGAAGCUCUGUUAAAUGAAAUAUGUUUCAUUGAAGUUUUGGAUUGUUCUCUUAAUUUAUGCCUAUUGGGUUAUUGUUUAAUAACGAGCUGGAAGCAAGGACAAUAUACAGCACUAAUGUCUUAUUCUGUUUUACUUGUUUCUUUCAUAUUCAUCAUUUACAUUUAUUGUUAUUUGGGACAAUUGCUUACAACUCAGGCUGAAAAAAUUGGACAACAAGGAUAUAUGAUUGAAUGGCAUCGACUACCAAAAAGAGUGUUACUAGAUCUUUUAUUUUUUAUCCACGUAUGUCAAUUUCCAACAACAAUAUCGGCGGGAAAAAUUAUUGUUCUUUCAAUUGGUACAUUUAGUGCAGUAAUGAGAACAUCUGCAGCUUAUUUUAAUGCCCUUUGGAAAAUAUCACAGUAGGUCUUGGAAAAUAGUGUAUAAAAAAAAUGAAAUGUAAAU